AGCCAAACAGCUAUCCAUGGAAUAUUAGAAUCUGACUCCCCCCGUUCUCAUAUUUGUUUUGUGUGUCUCAUACCAAAUUAAAGAUAUGAGAGAUGCAGCAUUCUAAGGCUAAAUAGCUAGAAAAUACUAAUUCAAACUUGAGUAUUCUUCAAAGAGAGCAUAGGGGCAAUCCUAAGUAUCAGAGGAAGAAGCAUCCUAAGGGAGACCAAAGCCAAAUGUUUUCCACAGGAAUCCUCCUUCUGGCUGUUUCGAUUUCACCUGCACUGGCUGGGCCAUGGGCUACUAUAUGUGCUGGCAAGUCUUCCAAUGAGAUCAGGACAUGUGACAGCCACGGCUGUGGCCAGUACACGGCUCAAAGGCUUCACCGGGGUGUGGAUGUCUUGUGCUCGGAUGGAUCUACUGUGUAUGCACCUUUCACCGGAAUGAUUGUGGGCCAGGAGAAACCUUAUAAAAACAAAAAUGCCAUCAAUAAUGGUGUCCGGAUCUCUGGAAGAGGUUUCUGUAUUAAAAUGUUCUACAUUAAGCCAAUUAAAUAUAAAGGUUCUAUCAAGAAGGGAGAAAAACUGGGCACUCUAUUGCCCUUGCAGAAAGUUUAUCCUGGCAUACAAUCUCACGUACACAUUGAAAACUGUGACUUGACAGAUCCUACUGUGUACCUAUAGAUGGAAGACAAAUAACCAGAUCUUCUAAAGAGAGCCAUCUUCUUAAAACCUGGGUGCAUAUUCUGCUUUUCAAGAAACCUGUGUUCAAAUAGAAACAUGAUGAAUGCAAGAAAGAAAAAAGCAUGUUGAUUUCAACUCAUUGCCACUUUGAUGUUUUGAGGGUCAAUUAAUCCCUCAGGUCUGAUCUGUAAUCUAUGGGAUCUGGGGUGUGUUUUUUCUUAAAGAUUUCUCAGUCCUGAAUACAUAAGAUAAAUAAACAUAUGAA